GCUGGCUAUCGACAACAACCACCCGCCUGUGCCGUCGAGCCCACACUUGUUGGGAACUUCGUCUCCAUGGCUACAAACGACCGACAGCUCCGCUGUUUGGACACAGGCCCCUCUCGAUGAAGAGCCGUCAACUGCCGUCAGACGAAUCCUCCGUGCGCCUGAAGGCACGGGGUCGCGUCAGUGAACAAACCUGUAAGCAGGACCGGGCACGAACCCGGUCAGGCUCGAUUCGCUUCUAUGCCCUUGUUUUCCGCUGUGUAAAUAGAGAAAAUAGAAAGCGCGCCGAGAUACCCCUCGGGAGGCUGCUAACGGCCGGCUAAUGAGCCGGGCCGAGCCCGGCGUUAAAUAAUACUACUACUACUACUAUAUUCAACACAUUGAAAAGAAAAAAAUGCGUUUCACGUGUCUUCUUCUUCUUUGCACCGCCACGGUUCAUCUCGGUGCUGCUUCUACAUUGCCCAAAGAUUUCGACGCCAGUCACUGUCCCAAAGUGAAAGAUUUCGACGCCAGUCACUGUCCCAAAAAGGUCGACCCCAGCCUAUGUCCUCGUCGGCCCGGUGGCACUUCUUGCCCAGCAAAUUUCGACCGCAGCCAAUGUUCUGCGGUUCUCAGCAACGCUGGUAACCAUAAAAGAGACCUUUUGGUGCGCCGCGAAGAACCAGAUUUAGGCAGAGAUUUGCUUUGCUGUUGUCUUGAUAUUUGUCUGAUAUUCGUAAACGCUUGGUUGGACUGUCUGCUUGAACAACAACGGAUGAGGGGCCAGCCGGAGGCGGUUAGGCAGGCAUACCGUCAAGGGCGUCACGAUGCAUAUUUCGGAGCCUGGUGGGGGUAGACAAAAAGUGUCACUAAUAGCAAGGUACUGUACUUGUAAAAAGUUAAUAAAUGCUGC